CGAGCAGUGUAGCCCAAACACUCUUCUCUUCCACUUGACUCCCAGUCUCCCACUGUGCGCAGUUCGCUUGGUCCCCGGAGCCCCAAAGGCGGCGGUGAGCCGGAGCCCGGAGACGACGGCGCGGCGCGACUCCCCCCUAAGCGACAGCGGCGGCGUCGACGUAAGCGGCUGCGUGGCGCCACCGACGGAGGCUACGAGCGGUUGUGGAGGCAGAUAUGAGAGGUGGAGGUGGCUACAACGGGUCGGCGGCUGUGAGAUACUGAAAUCCGCACUGCAGUUCUCUUCUUCCCCCAAUCAGUACCACCUCUCCAAGUGGCAAUCACCAUGGGAGAUCAAUCUGGCUCUAGAAAUGGACCACAACAGAAGUACGUUUCAGGAGCCCAGAAUGCCUGGGAUAUGUUCUCUGAUGAGCUGUCACAGAAACACAUCACUACUGGUUCUGGUGACCUCAAUGACAUACUUGGUGGCGGGAUUCACUGCAAAGAAGUUACUGAGAUCGGUGGCGUCCCAGGGGUUGGUAAAACUCAACUGGGGAUUCAACUAGCAAUCAAUGUACAAAUCCCAGUGGAAUGUGGUGGCCUUGGUGGGAAAGCAGUUUAUAUAGAUACAGAGGGCAGUUUCAUGGUUGAACGUGUCUACCAGAUUGCUGAAGGGUGUAUUAGGGACAUACUGGAGCACUUUCCGCACAGCCAUGAGAAGUCCUCUUCUGUCCAAAAACAAUUACAGCCUGAGCGUUUCCUGGCGGAUAUCUAUUACUUCCGGAUAUGCAGUUACACCGAACAAAUUGCAGUCAUAAACUACAUGGAGAAGUUCCUCAGAGAGCAUAAAGAUGUGCGUAUAGUUAUUAUUGAUAGUGUUACUUUCCACUUUCGACAAGAUUUUGAAGAUCUGGCACUGAGGACCAGAGUGCUAAGUGGAUUAUCAUUGAAGUUAAUGAAGAUUGCAAAGACAUAUAACUUGGCAGUUGUCUUGUUGAACCAAGUCACUACUAAAUUUACAGAAGGGUCAUUUCAAUUGACUCUUGCUCUAGGUGACAGCUGGUCCCACUCAUGCACGAACCGGUUGAUUCUGCACUGGAAUGGGAACGAACGAUACGCACAUCUUGAUAAGUCUCCUUCACUUCCAGUAGCCUCAGCACCGUAUGCAGUGACAGGCAAAGGGAUUAGAGAUGCUGUGAGCUCAAACCACAAGCGAGCCCGAGUAACGUAGCAUUCUUGGUGUCAAGCACUUGUAUGUCCACUACGCUCCUGCAGCUUUCUUCGCCAUGGAUCUUUUGGACUAGUGAGGUGAGACUGGAGAAUAGUACCAUUUUGUUGAUUCUCAGUUGCUUUGUGCCGUUGGCUACCAACCAACCUUAAGAGAGAAGUAAAUACAACAGAACAGGCUAAUAUAGUGUUUUGUAUCUGAA